AUGGACGAGGAGGACGCCGUCCCCCCGGCCCACUUCCAGGAUGACGAGGAGGGUGUCCCCUCGGACGAGGAAGAGGGAGAGCCCACCAUGAGGAACAACGGCAACCUCGUCGGAUCAGGCGGCGAGGACAGCAGCGAGGAAGAGGACGACGACGACCCGGAAGAGGCCAGGCGCAUCGCCGAGGGCUUCAUCGCCGAAGACGACGAGGAAGAGGAGGGCAGCGACGAAGAGUCCCGGCGGAGGAGGAGGCGGAGGAGGAAGAAGAGGAAGCAAGUCGAAGAGGAUUUCGAGGUCGACGAGGACGACCUGGAGCUGCUCGCGGAGAACACGGGCCAGGUCAGGCAAAAGGAGCCGCACCGCCUGAAACGCAUCCGUAGAGGCCCCUCGUCGCCGGGCGCCGAGGACGAUGUCGAGUCCAACCAAAAGACGCUCGCCGCCAUCUUUGAGGACGACGACGACGACGAUGAGCCCGCCGGUCGGAGGGAUCUCGACCUCGACGAGGACGACGACCUGCCCUCGGUCGGCAGGGCGAUCCGAGCCGAGGUGUCGCGCAAGCGCGGGCCAGAGGUCGGCUACGAGGACGACGGCCUCGACGACUUUAUCGAGGAGGACGAGGACGAGGAGGAGAUGCGCGACCUCGACGAGGAGGAGAGGGAGGCGCGAAGGCGCGAGAGGCGCGAGGAGAAGCGGAGGGCCAGGAUGUCCGGGUCCGCCGCUGACCCGGCCAAGGCCGGCAUCGACCGCGAGGCCUGGGACGAGAUCCACGACAUUUUUGGAAACGGAGAGGACUACUACUGGGCGCUCGAGGAGGACGACGAGGACGGGCUCGAGAUCGACAAGAAGGCCAAGAUGGAGUACAAGGACAUCUUCGAGCCGGCGCAGAUCGCCGAGCGCAUGUUGACGGUGGAGGACGAACGCAUCAAGCGCACCGACGUGCCCGAGCGAAUGCAGCUGGCCAUGCCCGGCGAAGAGGGCCUCAAGCUGCUCAGUCGGAAGCUGAGCGACGCCGAGCUCUUUGAGGCGGCAAAGUGGGCCUCGACAAGGAUCUCGCCCCGCUGCAAUGCCGAGUUCCUCGACGACGCCGGCGUGCAGUCCCGCUUCCGCACCGAGUUCCUCAACUGCGUCCGGCUGAUGCUCGCCUACAUGCUCAACGACCUGCUCGAGGUGCCCUUCCUCUACCAGCACCGCUUCGACGAGCUGGAGCAGGUCGCAUUCGACUCGGUCGAGCAGCGAUACAAGGGCAUCGACCUGCUCACGCGGCGCGAGCUCUAUACGCUCAGCGGUCUCGGCCUCAAGUUCAAGAACCUGCUGGAGAGGAAGGAGGCGCUGCGAGAGACCUUCGAGCGCCUCAACCUCGGGCCCCAGGAGGCGCCCCCGACAGCGGCCGAGGGCGAGGGAGAGCAGGACGCAGAGGCCGCCGCCGCCCGCGCCGCCGAGGCUGCGUCGGCCGAGGAGCAGAAGCGGGUCUUCGAGGACAUGCUGGAGCAGGCCACGAGCCUCGAGGAGAUCUCGGACCUGACCGAGUGGCUCACGAUGCAGUACGGCCAGCGCAUGCGGGACGCCCAGAAGCUCGCCGACGGCGGCGAUGCGGCCGCCGACGACAUGGAGGGCCUCACGAUCAACGGCGGGGCCAAGUCUGCGGCCGCAGCGGGCAACUUCAAGAAGCCCAGCAUGGUCGGCCAGUACGAGCGCGUCAAGGGCACCGUCAUCUCCGAGUUUGCCAGGAACUUUGGCAUCAGCUCGGUCGAGCUCGCGGCUAACGUCACCGGCGCCGCGCGCCGCUACAUUCCCGAGGAUCAGCCGCUGCCCCCGCUUGAGUACGCCGAGCAGUUUGUGGGCGCCGAGUGGGGCACGUUCACGUCGGAGAUUGCGCUGUCCAAGGCAAAGCUUCUGCUCGUCCAGGACAUUGGCAAGGACCCGCUGCUGAAGCGCGAGAUCCGCCAGCUGUUCAAGGACUCUGCCGAGAUCAACAUUGAGCCCACCGAGCGCGGCAUGGUCAAGAUCGACGAGCAGCACCCGUAUGCCAACUUCAAGUUCCUGCGCGGCAAGCCGGUGCGCCUGAUCCCGCAGCAGCCGGCGCAGUACCUCCAGAUCCUCCAGGCCGAGGCCGACCUGCUGAUCAAGCUCGACAUCGGCCUUCGCGACGUGGUGCUGUCGCGCUUCGAGACGCGCCUCUACACAAACUACGCCAGCGAGGGGCUCGGCGAGGCGAGCCAGCUGUGGAACGCGCAGCGGCGCGAAAUCAUCUCCGAAGCGCUCAAGGAGCACCUCGUGCCGCUUGGCCGCCUCUGGCUCAAAGAGUGGCUGCGCGAGGAGUGCAGGGAGACGCUGCUCCGCUUCUGCGAGCAGCUCAUGGCCAAGCGCGUCUCGAUGGGCCCCAUCAUGUCCAGGGGCAUGGAGGCGCGCAACCGCGACCCCAAGAUCGAGGAAGAGGAGCGCGUCCCCAAGGUGCUCGCCGUCUCGCACGGCGCGGGCGACCCCAGGAAGGACACGGUCGCCGCCGUCUUCCUCGACGAGCGCGGCCGCUUCCGCGAGCACACCUCGUUCGACGAUCUGCGGCCGCUGACGCCGAGGCAGCUGCAGGAGCGCGAGCUCGAGCUCGAGAGGACGCGCGGCAAGGCCGAGUUCACCGACCACCGCGCCGAUUUCAUCCGGCUGGUCAAGGACCGCCGGCCGGACGUCAUCGUGGUCAGCGGCUGGAGCCCGAGGACGGCCGAGCUGAGGAGCAUCGUCAGGGAGCUGGUCGACGAGGCGCACCAGCAGAUGUGCGUCGACGACGACGUCCAGAACGGCGAGCAGCUGCUGAUGGACGUCGUCACGUGCUACGACGACGUGGCGCGCAUCUACCAGCACAGCAAGCGCGCCGCCGAAGAGUUCCCGGAGCUGAGCGAGCUCGGGCGGUACUGCCUGGCGCUGGCGCGCUACGCCCAGUCGCCGGUCAACGAGUUUGCCGCGCUGGGCCCGGACCUGACGGCGGUGAUCCUCGACCCGCACCAGCGGCUGCUGCCGCAGGACCGCCUCCGGCUGCACUUUGAGCGCGCCAUCUCGUCAGUGGUCAACGAGGUCGGCGUCGAGAUUAACCAGUCGAUGUCGAGCCCGUACCUGCAGACGAUGCUGCAGUACGUGGCGGGCCUGGGUCCGCGCAAGGCGCACGCGCUGACGAGCGCCAUCAGCACCAAGCUCGAGGGCACGCUCAUCAACCGCGAGGUGCUCAUCAAGCGCGACAUUGUCACGUUCCACGUGUGGACCAACUGCGUCUCGUUCCUCCGCAUCGACCAGGACAUGCUGCUCGAGGCCGACGACGACGACGUGCCCGACGCGCUUGACUGCACGCGCAUCCAUCCCGAGGACUACGACUUCCCGCGCAAGAUGGCCGCCGACGCGCUCAACAAGCACGAGGAGGACCUCGAGGGCGAGCACUUCAGCAUGCCGUGCCGCGAGCUGAUGGAGGACCCGGACCCGGCGGGCAAGCUGGGCACCCUCGACCUCGACAACUACGCGCAGAUGCUCUUUGAGCGCAAGGGGCUCAAGAAGCGCGCCACGCUCCACUCGUGCAAGACGGAGCUGAUCAAGCCGUACGACGACCUGCGCCCCAAGCAGGCGCUGCCGACGCCCGACGAGAUCCUCACCAUGUUCACGGGCGAGACGUCCAAGACGCUCGACAAGGGCUUUGUCGUUUCGGUCGAGGUGACGCGCGUGCAGAGCAGCAACAAGAUGGCCGAGGGCUUCAUCCGGUGCCGCCUCGACUCGGGCAUCGAGGGCAUCAUCGAGGCGCAGAACACGAGCGACACCUACCCCCCCGGUCCCGACGAGCCGCGCCUGCACCAGCGCAUCCAGCAGGGCCAGACGCUCGACGCCAUCGUGACGCAGCUCGACAAGGUCAACUGCCGCGUCGAGCUCAGCAUCCGGCCAUGGGACCUCAGCCAGCGCCACCCGGGUCAGGGCCGCACGCCCGUCGACUCGACCUUCUACGACCACGACAAGGCGGACCGCUGGACAAAAGAGGCGGCCAACAAGGCCAAGCUCAUGAGCCAGACGCGGCGGCAGAACCGCGUCGUCGACCACCCCAACUACCACAACUUCAACUACCGCCAGGCGCAGAGCUUCCUCGCCAACCAGCCGCGCGGCAGCGUCGUCGUCCGGCCCAGCUCCAAGGGCGACGACCACCUCGCCGUCACGUGGAAGGUCGACGACGACGUCUACCAGAACAUUGACGUGCUCGAGCUGGACAAGGAGAGCGACUACUCGCUGGGCCGCGUGCUGCGCAUCGAGGGCAUGGGCUCCUACUCGGACCUCGACGAGCUUAUCGUCAACCACGUCAAGCCGAUGGUCAACAUGGUCGAGAUGAUGAUGAACCACGAAAAGUACAAGGGCGCCAACGAGGAGGACCUGAACCGGUACCUGACCAACUGGUCGCUGGCCAACCCGUCGCGCUCGGUGUACGCGUUUGGGCUCAACAAGCAGCGGCCGGGCUACUUUAACCUGUCGUUCAAGGCCAACCGCGACGCGGCGAUCCAGACGUGGCCGGUCAAGGUGGUGCCCUGGGCGUUUAAGCUGGGCCAGGCCGACCAGCUGGCCGACAUGGCGGCGCUCUGCAACGCGUUCAAGACGCAGUACACGACCCAGGCCUCGAUGGCCAGGAGCGGCCGCACGCCGGCCCACCACGGCGCCAGGACGCCCGCCGGCGGCAUGACGCCUGGAGGCGCCCGGACGCCGUUUGGACGCACGCCGAUGCCCAUGGCCGGAGGCAUGACGCCCGCCCCGCCGGGCAUGGCACCCGGACCGCCACCGAGCUUCCCGGGCGCACCGCCACCCGGUCCGCCGCCGUCGAUGAACCGUCCGCCGGCGGGCAUGCACCCGGAUCGCUUCGCACAGUCCCAGUUUGGCGGCGGUGGCGGUGGUGGGGGUGGCUGGAGGUAG